AUGUCUGAACUAACUACAAAAUUUCAAUCCCUAACUAUUGCUAAAGAAGCUGUCAACUUAUCUAAGGAACAACUAGCGUUAACUGCUCAAUGGGACUCUCUUUUGAAAUCCGGUCAAAUCGAACAAAAUUUAGAUAAGAUCAAUCUCUCUUUAAGAGACUCAAGUUUCUUGGCAUCUACAUUGCAACCAACAGUCACUGACGUCUCAAUGUUCGAGGCAGUUUUUCCUAUCGCUAAACAAUUGGUCACUAGCACCAAGGACAUCAAGAAUGUUUACUCUAAGUAUAGACAUAUCUUUAGAUGGGUCGAUUUCUUACAACAAUUGUUGGCUGUUCCAAGUAAAGAUCAAUUGGUUUUAAAUUACGAUUUAGAUUUACCACGUGAAGUUAUUGAGAAAAAGAAGAAAAAGACAGAUGACAAUAAGAAAUCUGACGCUGAAAACACUGCUGCCUCUUCUUCUUCUGUUCCAGCUGAGAGUGGCAAGAAAAGUGGUAAGCAACCAAGAGGUAAACCUGAUGAAGAAACAUUAAAAAGAUUGAGAGAAGAGGCCAAAGCUAAGAAGGCCGCCAAGAAGGCCGCCAAUGCUGCUAAGCAAGCUGCUGAAAAGAAAGAAGUGGAACCACCAAAACCAUCUGUCAUCGAUUUCCGCGUCGGGUUCAUCCAAAAAGCUAUUAAGCAUCCAGAUGCCGACUCUUUAUAUGUCUCCACUAUCGACGUAGGUGAUGUAGAAGGUCCAAGAACCGUUUGUUCCGGUCUUGUAAAGCAUUUCCCAUUGGAAGCCAUGCAAGAACGUUACGUUGUCGUUGUUUGCAAUUUGAAGCCUGUUAACAUGAGAGGUAUUAAAUCUACUGCUAUGGUCCUUUGUGGUUCCAAUGACUCUAAAGUUGAAUUCGUUGAACCUCCAGCCGGUUCUAAAGCUGGUGAUAAGGUGUUCUUCGAAGGUUACGGUGACGAUGAACCAUUGAAACAAUUGAAUCCAAAGAAGAAGAUUUGGGAAGCCUUACAACCACAUUUUACUACUAAUCAGGAUUUGGAAGUCAUCUUCAAAGAUGAUGAAAAUAAAGACAAACCUGUAUUGAAAUUAACUAACGCUAAAGGCGAAUCAUUCAAGGUUGCUACAAUUGUUGAUGCUCAAGUUCGUUAA